UGUAAAUCAGCCACAACAUUAAAACCACUUACAAGUGAAGAGAAAUUAUUAUAUCAUUACAGUGGCACCUGUCAAGGGGUGGGAUAUAUUAGGCAACAAGUGAACAGUCAGGACAUGUUCAGAAGUCUUGCAGAGUCCAUGCCUCGCCUCAUCAGAGCUAUUUUGGCAGCAUGAGAGGACCUACACAAUAUUAGGCAGGAGGUUUUAAUGUUCUGGUUAAUCAGUGUAUAUACUUUUUAAAAAUCCUUUAUAUUUUCUAGAUCUUUUGACAGUUUAAUUCUUCAGCCAGGACUUGAUUCCUUGGAUGUUUGAUUUGGAGUAUCUCUAGGCAGUUAUCUAUUUGUUCCGGCUCCUGUUUUUCAUCACAUUGCUUCCUGUAUGAUAAUAUUCAUUUCCUCUCUCUAUGAUCCUCCUCCUUUUAUCUCUGUGUCCAUCUGUAGCCCGAACGCCUUCAAGGGACUCACUACUCUGUCCAGUCUGACAUAUGGAGCAUGGGUCUCUCUCUGGUGGAGAUGGCCAUCGGACGCUUCCCUAUCCCACCACCUGAUGCCAAAGAGCUGGAGCAAAUCUUUGGUCAGCCCCUUGAGGGGGACCCCUCGACCAGCGACGCCUCCCCUAAACCCAGGCCCCCUGGUCGACCUGGCAGCUCAUUCGGUCCAGACAGCAGACCUCCCAUGGCUAUAUUUGAGCUGCUUGACUAUAUUGUCAAUGAACCACCUCCCAAGCUACCAAGCAUUUUUGGAGCAGAAUUUCAAGACUUUGUUAACAAAUGUUUAAUCAAAAAUCCAGCAGAAAGAGCAGACCUCAAGCAACUGAUGGUCCAUCCCUUCAUAAAGAACUCAGAGGCAGAGGAGGUUGACUUUGCUGCUUGGUUAUGCAGUACCAUUGGGCUAAACCAGCCAGCAACUCCAACUCACAGUGUGGGAAUGUGAGAGCAGCCAUCUUUUUCUACGCCAACCAUUUAGUGUUUCUUCACCUGCAACAUCUCCAGUUCCACCCUGCCAGUCAGUCCAGAGGCCAACAGCAAACUACUGCCUCCAGAAUACACCCCUUCUUAUUUUAGAUGUUGUCUUGAGUAUUAACAAGCAUACUGCUGUAAUUAACGAUGCAUUACGCCUCUUGUUAGGUCGCUUGAAAUCUGUUCUGCCAAAUAUUGGUGGUUAAAUGCUUUGAUAGCAUCCUUAAGACCCAUAUUACAAAAACGUUCAUUUUUUAUAACAAUCUAAUUUUAAUGUUGAUUGCAAAAGUGAUCAACGGCUGAAAUUACACCGCAAAAACUUAAAUGUUAGGGAUCCUCCUAAAUGUCAACUUGCUGUGAUCAUGAUGUUAUACUUUUUAAACUCUUAAUUCUAAGGUUUAUGGCUGCACUCUGAAGUGGUUACAUUAUUUCAUUGUAAUGUUUUUGGUUCUGCUUUAUUUCAGUGGUGAAUUUACAGCCUUUAACUCACAAAGUGAGAGAAAAUCAGUCAUAACUUAUACAAACUUGUAUAUUAUAAUAAAAGAUUUAUUUAACAAAUGACAACUGAUGGAAUGUGGCAGUGCUUAAGUGGUAUGGG